UCGUUAUCUUUUAUAAAUCAUUUAUCUAUUCCUCGGCGAGCAUUUAAUGACUCAUCGCGCGAUUACAUUGAACUGCAUAUUUUUUGCGACGCCUCACAACAGGCAUACGGUGCAUGCGCAUAUAUACGUACUUAUACAUCAGAUGGCAGUAUCAGUGUUCAACUGUUAGUUGCCAAGGGACGGGUGGCUCCUUUAAAAGCACUUACCAUACCGCGACUUGAAUUAUGUGCCGCGUUUACCGGUGUUAAUUUAAGUAAUAAGAUAUUGAACUCCGUUCGCAACAAAAAUUGUAAGUGUUAUUAUUGGAGUGACUCAAUGAUUGUUUUGUCUUGGAUAAACUCACCUACACAUAAAUUACAAACAUUCGUAAAACACAAAGUCACGGACAUUCUCAAACAUACUGAACCACAGACAUGGUACUAUGUACCAACUAAACAAAACCCAGCUGACAUUAUUACUAAAUGUACCAAUGCACAACAAUUACUCCAUACACCUUUAUGGUUUUCAGGACCUGACUUUUUAAGGAAUGAUGAUAAACACAGCUGGCCUCAUCAACCAGGGCAUCUCAGCGUAUCUGACCUUCCAGAAGUCCGGUCUCAAACACAUCUCACGCACAAACAUGUAACUGAUAACAAUUCAUUCAUUUACAAAUAUUCUAAUUUUAACAAACUUACACGAAUCGUAGCUUACAUUCUUCGGUUCAUUCAUUACUGCAAACACAAACAAUCAAAAUUAAAUCAAAUCAACAUUAAAAAACGUCAACAGAUGCGCAUAGGUGACGUCAUGCCCUUAUCUACUAGCGAACUUAAUUCAGCUAGAUACCAAUUAGCGAAGUUAGUGCAACUAGAUUUAUUUUUUGAGGAAUAUCAAUUAUUAUUACAUAACAAACAAUUACCUACAUCACAUAAGUUAAAUUCACUUAAUCCUUUCAUAGGGGAUGAUAACCUCAUUCGUGUGGGCGGAAGGUUAGCUCAAUCGCCAUACAAUUACGAUAGAAAAUUUCCUAUCCUAUUGCAUUCAGCUCAUUACAUAACUCAAAUCAUAUUCUCAACAUAUCACAUUACACUUCUACAUGCUGGCCCACAAUUGUUAUUGUCUCACAUACGUCAAACAUUCUGGCCAAUUUCCGGUAGAAACUUGGCUAGAAAAACUACACAAUCAUGUGUUACAUGCAAACGGUUUAAAGGUAAAACUGUAACACCUAUCAUGGGGCAAUUACCUGAACAGAGAUUGCAUGCAAAUUUUGUAUUCAGUGACGUAGGUGUCGACUACGCGGGGCCAAUUAUGAUCAACAACCGUAAGGGGCGUGGAAGUGUACUUGUUAAAUCAUACAUCUGCAUUUUCAUCUGUUUUGCCGUGAAAGCUGUGCAUUUGGAAUUGGUUACAGAUCUAACGACAGAGUCUUACAUAGCGGCAAUUAACAGGUUUAUUUCUCGCAGAGGUAAACCAAAUAAUAUUUAUUCAGACAAUGGAAAAAAUCUGGUAGGUGCCGCUCGUAUGGUGACCAACUUUCUUAGAAAUCACGAUGUCCGACUGCGACACGGCACGGCUGCCGCGUCAUCACCGAAUCGAACUUCUACGCCAACAUUUUUGGAGACGCUUUAAUAAGGAAUACAUUUCUCAGUUGCAUCAACGAACGCGCUGGCAACGCUCACGCGGCGCGCUCACAGAGGGCUCAUUGGUCAUCGUGAAAGAUGAGGCGCUACCGGUGGCUCAGUGGCCAUUGGGACGUAUCGUGAAGCUGUAUCCGGGACAUGACGGAGAAGCUCGAGUGGCGGACAUCAAAGUAAAGACCGGGACAAUCAGACGUGCCUUUCAUAAAAUAUGCCCAUUACUGGAUGUACCAUCGGACUGAUAAUAUCAUACAUCAUCAUCACCUGGGCUGGCCUUUCCUUGGUCGCCCGGGAAUAUGUUAACGCACACGUUAACACGCACGCACAUGCAGACACACAUGCAUGCAUCUCAAGCAGAGGGGAGCGGGCGGCGUGGCGGGGCAGCGACGGCUCGCGCGCCCUCCAUACACACCUGACGACAACGCGAGCAAGAACGGACGGGAUUGCGAAUUUAACUUGUACUAAUAGCCUACUCAAGAAAACCUAUUAAACCAAGAAAUACAG